UACUUCGCGACACUGUGAACGCCUGUGUGUUUGGUGACGGAAGUAGCGUUACCUUGCCGCGCCACUGAAACUACCGCGUCAUUCUCUGCCCUCAGGUGAGAGAGAUGAGAGGACGCCGCGGGAUUCGUUCGCUCAAACUCUGAACGGCCCCUCGAGAACUUUUACAAUUGGACUAUUUCAUCCAAACGUCUUUAAAAGCAGCGCCUGCGUUGACUGGGCUGAACGUCAAGCGCGUCCGUUUCUGUUUUGCGAGCGAAACUACUUCCCUGAAAUAAGAUGAGUUCUGCUACGUUUGAACAAGGAGGGAAUGGGCGUCACGAGCAGGUCACCUUCCUGACGAAUGAACAGAAGAUGGCAACGGCACGGAAGACGAAAGUUGUCGUGGGGGUCGUCGUUGCCCUGUUGGUAGUGGCUGCAGUGGUCGGAUUUCUUGUGUGGCUCUUUGUUGUCAGGAGCAAAGAAUUGGAAAAUGAGGCCACCGUAUAUAGACAUAGCUCAUCCACACUGGUUUACAGCGGACAAAUUAAGCUUCUCAAACCAGAGUACAACCCCGUGUAUGAGGACCCUGCCAGUGCAGAAUUCCAACAAGUGGCGAGGGACUUGGAAGGAAUUAUGAACGAAACAUUCACCAGAGAUCCUCUCCUCUCCAAAUACUAUACAAAGUCUGUCAUCACUGCCUUCAGUGAAGGAACGUUGGCGUAUCAUUGGUCUCAAUUUGACAUUCCUGAGGCGGACCAAGAGAUCGCCCUGGAACUGACCGAGGACCGCGUGGUUGAGGCCCUGCGGAAGAGCAUCCGGCAAGAGGGCAAACGAGUCGGGAACAUCGCAGUCACAUCCAGCGACAUCACCGCUUCGUCCACAGACCCUCGGAUGGCCAGGGACCCCAGAUCUAAUAUCUGCUUUUAUAGUCUCAUGGCUGGCACCACCAGCAAAGAAUUUACAUCUCCUAACCACCCUGGGAGAUACCCACCUAACUCCCGAUGCCAGUGGCAGAUCCGCGCUCCUAAAGGCUAUGCCAUCAUGGUCAAGUUUAAGACCUUCCACAUAGAGGAUGACUGUGCCAAUGACUAUGUAGCCAUCUAUGACUCUCUCAGUCCUGACAACACAUAUGCUAUCACAAAACAGUGUGGGCUUCGACCUCCUUCAAAUCCUCUUGAAGUAGUUUCUUCUGGUAAUAUCAUGCUCAUCAACUUAAUCACGGAUGUGGUACAGAAACCUGGAUUCAAAGCAGUUUACACUGCCAUUCCGACUAUUGCUGCUGGGAGCUGUAGAUCAUCUCUGACUACAUCCACAGGAGAGUUCACCUCUCCUCAUUAUCCUAGUUUCUAUCCUCCUUUGGUGGACUGCAACUGGAACAUCAUUGUUCCUGCUGGUAGAAAGAUUAAAAUUGAGUUCAAUAUGUUCCGUGUGAAAGAGCCGGGGGUGGACACUAGCAGCUGUAACAAAGACUACGUAGAGGUUCUGGGUAAAAAGUAUUGUGGAGAAAGACGAAGGCUUGUUCUCUCCAGCACCACCAAUACCUUGGAAGUGAAGUUCCGUUCAGAUGAAUCCUACACUGAUAAGGGUUUCAAGGUCACUUACACCGCCUUUGACCCUGUAAACCCUUGCCCUGCUCAGUUUGCGUGCACCUCAGGCUACUGCAUCAAAAAAGAGCAACAAUGUGAUGGGUGGAACGACUGCGACGACGCGAGUGAUGAGAGAAAUUGCCGCUGUGAUGACGAUCAGUUCACUUGCCGUAAUGGCGUGUGCAGGCCUCAGUACUUUGUGUGCGACAGAGUAAAUGACUGCGGCGACAACAGCGAUGAGGAACAUUGCGAUUGUGGCAAAGCUCAGGAAAGGUGCGGGGACGGCGCCUGCAUCCCACAAGAAUUUAUAUGCGAUGGGAAAAAUGACUGUGCUGAUGGAAGUGACGAGGUCUCGUGUGUAGCAUCGGCUGGUAUCUGCAAUAAUUUCUCCUUCAAAUGUAAAAACAAGCAGUGUGUAAACAAAGUGAAUGCAGAAUGUGAUCGCGAAGAGGACUGCUCAGAUGGUUCGGAUGAGCAGGGAUGUGACUGUGGUCUCCGGCCAUACAAGCACAAUCGUAUUGUGGGUGGGCAAAACGCAGAUGUGGGUGAAUGGCCGUGGCAGGUCAGUCUACAUUUCCAGACCAACGGACAUGUUUGCGGCGCCUCAAUCAUCUCCAACAAUUGGCUGCUGUCCGCUGCCCACUGCUUCAUCCAGCCUGAUCCAACCUACAAAAAGACAUCCAGCUGGCUGACGUACAGUGGUCUGCGGGACCAAAACAUCCAGGACUCUGUUCAGAAGCGCACUUUGAAGAACAUCAUCACCCACCCAAACUACGACUCGAUGACCUACGAUUAUGACAUUUCACUGCUAGAACUGAGCGAUCCAUUGAACUUCACCAACACCGUGCAUCCCAUCUGCCUUCCGGCACCGACUCACGUCUUCACGGCCGGUAGCUCCUGCUUUGUUACGGGCUGGGGCACGCUCCGAGAGGGAGGAAGUGUUGCACAAAUCUUGCAAAAAGCAGAAGUAAAGGUGAUUAAUGAUACGGUAUGCAACAUGGUGACCGAAGGUCAGGUGACCUCUAGAAUGAUGUGUAGCGGCUACCUCACCGGAGGUGUGGAUGCUUGUCAGGGAGACUCCGGCGGUCCUCUUGUAUGUCGUUCUGAUGUUGGUAAAUGGUUCCAGGCUGGAAUAGUGAGCUGGGGAGAAGGCUGCGCUCAGCGGAACAAGCCUGGCGUCUACACGCGUGUCACCAAACUGCGAGACUGGAUCCGUGAGAUCACAAACAUAUAGUGAAGCCUGGACCUGCAAUCAUACGACAACCAAAGCAGAAGAACACAAACGUGAAUAUUCAGUACUCACAAAAGAGAAAGUGAAUACAGCUUUGGUUGAUAUCCUUUGUGAGAGAAAAAAAAAAUCAUUCCAAUUGAACUUCUUCAGACCACCUGGUUGCUUUCAUAAUAGCAUUUUCAUUCAGUAUGACUAUUUGGUUGUUAUGGCUUAUGAAUGAUGCGUUUCAUAGCUGUAUCAAUCUAAAGUUGGGUUCAACUUUAGUCAACCAAAUAAAAAGGUUGAUAAAAUACAUGCAGAUACCACUACAUUGAAAAAAGAUGUACUGUUACACUUCUUCAACCCUGUCACGCAGUUGUAGUUGUAAAUGGCACUUAGAUCCAACUAUCCUAUAAUUAGCCUGCCAGCACUUUUUGGAAGUCACGAUGUUAUCUUUAGGAGUUUCUUUUCAGAAACUCUUGUUUCAGGCUUUGGAGGUAGCUUGAAUCCCUACAUUUUUUUUUUUUUUUUCCCUUUUAAGCGAAGGUCAAAAGCUUCUUUGCAAUCUAGAAAUUUCUGUAAGCAUCCCACUCAGGCUGACCUUCUUUUCUCACAUCUGUGUGAUCUCGGAACCUCAGUGCCAAAGCUCUGAAAUGGAGGAUUAGGUAAAAAUAGGAUAUUUCCGUCAUCCAUUUGCCAAUACAACCAAGGCCAACAUAGGUCACUCACUUCUGCUGCAUGUUAAAGUUCCAGCCAAUCAAUGUCAAAGCUGUUGGCUGAAACAACCUAGCAGGUUGGUCUCUCCUUCAAAGAGACCUUAACGUAUUGGGGAAUCGAUACCGCCGGUUCCACACAGAUUAGGCAAGUUUCUUUCCCAUGGAAAGUCCACUUGCUUAGUAAGAUUUUCGGGCUUUGUAGUGUAGUGACUUAAUUUCCCAGGAGGUAUAAGAGACAUUCGCUGUAUUUUGAGAGAUGUCAGGCAAUAGAUGCCGUAUUUAUGUACUGCAGAUGUUUGAUUAUAGCAUCAUGAUGUGCAAUUUGACCUAUUGGGGCUGUUAGGCUUUCAUUUUAAAAUAGUUUUAAAACUGCAAUGAUUAUGUAUGGCUUUGUGUCUGGGUGACUAAAAACCUUUUGUAUUGUUAAUGUAACAGAGCUUGUUGGUCUUUUCAGUGUUGUUAUAUUUUAUAUUUUAACACUAUGCAAAUAUUUUAAUGUAUGCUAAUUUUCAUGGAGUUUAUAAUGUUUUCUUGGCAAUAAAAUAGAUUCUGGUUUUA